UGAUGCAUGUGAGUCUACCUUUGAGCCAAAAGUUUCUGACUCUUUAUCCGUAUAGUCUAUCCCAGUCACAGUUGAAUCCCGUUUGCCUAUUCAAAAGGAACGUGUGGGACAUUUAGAAGAUCCACAUUUAUAGGGAUUAGGCUGUAGGCCUGCCAUAGAAGGUCUAUCCAAAACGCGAUUACCAUCGGCGCGGCAGAAGCAGGUAUCCCCCUUCUUAGAGUCGAUAACAUGACGCAUCCUGCCAACAACUCGCCGCUCCUCAAGCCUUUCUUCCUGAAGACGCCCGUCGGGGGGGUCAGCCACAUGCGGCGGCGACGACACACACUCCCGGCCAGCGAGUUCAGGAACCUCAACCCCCAGGACGCCAUCAGCGUGUUUGAGAUCGAACGGGAGGCAUUUGUGUCCGUGUCUGGAGAAUGCCCACUCACCCUAGACGAGGUGCUCAGCUUCCUGGGCCAGUGUCCCGAGCUGUCUCUGGGAUGGUUCGAGGAGGGCCAGCUGGUCGCCUUCAUCAUCGGCUCCGGCUGGAACAAGGACAGGCUCGCUCAGGAAGCCAUGACGCAGCACGUGCCAGACACCACGACCGUGCACGUGCACGUGCUCUCUGUGCACCGCCACUGUCGCCAGCAGGGCAAAGGCUCCAUCCUGCUAUGGCGCUACCUGCAGUACCUGCGCGGCGUCCCGGGCCUGCGCCGGGCUCUGCUCAUCUGCGAGGAGUUCCUUGUGCCCUUCUACCGCAAGGCGGGCUUCAAGGAGAAGGGGCCUUCGUCCAUCUCGGUGGCCAACAUGUGUUUCCAGGAGAUGGAGUAUACGCUCGGGGGGCUGGCUUACGCACGACGCAACAGCGGCUGCUAGUCACCCAACCCCAGACCCCUCAUGGUGCAUGAGGGGUUUGGAGUUGGGAGACUAGGAGAGUUGUGAAUAAGCAGAGCACCGCCACUCGUGAACAGACUAGUCAGGGCAGUCAUUUGUUGUAUCACGUCAGUGAUAAUGGAAAUGACUGCCUGGACUUUUGAGUGGGCCCGGGCCCGCGUUCCUCACCAUUUUAUCGGCCUAACUGAGCGUAUACAUCCUUCCAUCAUCCAUAUAUAGACGAUAAAUGUCCCGACAGGACCUGGCUGUCGAGUUCAGGAGAGCUCCCUGUUAUCUCUGAUCCACUGCGUGUGUCUGGCAGUGACCACAAACGGUACUAACAAUGGUUCACUAAUGGCUCAACCUCAAAAUGAAAAUCAAAAAAGAAGCCACAACCAAUCAAAUAGCCGUUUUUGAAUUGCCAUCUGUCCUGUAAUGUGUAUUAAAAAGUCACUGCGUAGGACUACAACUUACAACACCUAGUGUAGAUGAAAUGUUUCAAUGAUCAAUCAAUUAUUGAUUAAGUAAUUAAUUGUAAUCUUCAAUCAUCAUGUUUUGUAACAUUAUGAGGCUCAAUGAUGCAUGGGGAAGCCCUAUGAUUGCAUGUUGUGUGUUUGAAUGUAUAUAUACUGUUCUAUUUUUGUAAUGUGCAUUUAUAUAUUUAUGAAAUCAUACAAUCUGGCUCAUCCUUUUGCAUUGUGGGUGACGUGUGAUUUCUGUUGACCUCAUUAACACGGCAUU